AUGACUACUCCGAAGAUCAUUUUCAGAUCUCUGUAUUAUACUCUGGGGGCUGUUCUAGCAUCCCCAUCCUCUCCCGAUACCGUGGUCAUCACUCGUCGCACAAAACACGAGGCGGUCGUGGCGAAGAAGUCGGCCUGUACCACGUCUCGACACCCCUGCGUCGAAUCCAGUGCCUCGGAAUUCGGAUGUCGCGUCUCACCAGACCCGACAAUCCGAGACACCUGA